AUGUCUUCCCACUCAACCUCAACAUCACCACUGCCUGAGGAACUUGUCUCAAGCCUGCUAUCUACCAUCGAGGAUAGCAUCAUACCUCUGACGCGAAAAGGUGUCUCAAGUGGCUCGAAACUCUUCGGUGCGGCCAUUUUAUCCCGCAAAGAUCUCACACCAUACACUCUCGCUACAAACAACGAGCGCAUUUCACCACUCUUACAUGGCGAGAUCAACUGCAUCCAACAAUUCUGCACCGUCGACUUCCCUGACCCAUCAACGCGACCUCAUCCCGCUAAAGACUGCAUCUUUCUCGCUACACAUGAACCAUGUUCAUUGUGUCUGAGUGGAAUCACAUGGGCGGGGUUCAACGAGUUCUAUUACUUGUUCACGUACGAGGAUAGUAGGGAUCUCUUCGGAAUACCAUACGAUAUCGACAUCCUACAAGAGGUGUUUCGGGUACAAGGACAGGGCGAGACUGAAGAGCAGGUACAAAGCAGGCAGCUUUACAAUCGCAAGAACAAGUUCUUCACCGCGAAGAGCUUUGCCGAUGUCGUUGGGGAGAUUGAAGAUGAGACCGAGAGGAGGCGGCUGCUGGGUGAGAUCGACAGGGUCAAGAGUCUAUACAACAGUCUGAGUGAGACUUAUCAGAAAGGGAAGGAGGCGGGGGCAGAAAGUUCAAAAGCCGGUCGGGGCUUGACGGCACAGGUCGGAAAGAUGGCGAACAGCCAACGAGAAGAUAACACAAUCUACCUCACAGAGAAAGAGGCGGAACGCAUCCAGAACACCAUCAAAGACCGGUUCAAAAAGUGCGAAGAGCAAAGCGGCAAUGCAAAGGCCCCAAGAGACAAGUUGGCUGCUCACCAGGCUGCCACUGGUGCGGCUCUAAUGGCAGAUAUGGGCGGUGCACCAGAUCCAGACAUGCUGCAAACCCAAGGAAAGACAUCAACUACUAUUCCAGUCAUCGGAGUAGGCCGGCCGUAUCCGCCAUGCACAACUCCGCUGUCAGAUCUUGAACCGAUGAAGAUGUCUGACCUCAAGAUGGAGACACAUCACCGAGGACGCAAAUUGGUGGUCAAGCGAGGAAGCCCUGUAGUCACCCUCGUAGCGAGGUCCUGGACUAUGGUUCAGAAUGAAGAUGGAACUGAUGCAGAGCGUCUGGAGAUCUUGCUGCAUAAAUCGCGCUAUAACGAGGAUGUACUGGAGUCGACCAAGCUCUUCAUCAUCAAAGAGCCAUACUUCACUCUCACUGAACAGGGCGAACCUACACUACGCAUCGACCAUCCUUCAGACCUAGUCAUUUGCCAUGAAGAAGGCCCAAAGAGCUUCGAGGAUGUCGCAGCAGCAGAAAAGGCAGCCACAAGAUUUAAGACUCAAGGCAACAACGCACUGAAGAAGCAGGAUCUGCCGUUGGCCCACGAGAAGUACACAGCAGGUCUAGCGAUCGCAAAGCAAGACAUCCUAGCAGAAUCGAACCCCGAUCUAGCCUGCGACAUCUCCAGGAAUCGCGCAUACGUGAACUUGCUACUAGGCCGACUAGAUGAAGUAAAGACAGACGCCCGCGCCUCAUUGACGGGACGCGAGGAUCAAAAGUCCAAAGAACUAGACAGCAAAGCAUACUUCCGAGCAGGGUCAGCCGCGUACGCUCAAAGUCACUGGCAAGAAGCCAAACAGUUCUUCCUCGAGCAACAAAAGCUGACCCCCGACGACAAAGACGCCAAACUCCAACUCAAGAAAAUCGAAGCCCGCCUCCGCGAAGAAGAAACAGGAGGCUACGACCUAAUGAAGAUCCGAACCAACCUCUCCAAAGCCCGCUCCCGAGUCGACGCCGGAAACUUCACCAAAAACACGCUCAUCAAAGACAGUCCCGGAAAAGGCCGCGGCCUAUACGCCACACGCGACCUCACCACCGGCGACAUCGUAAUGUGUGAAAAGGCCUUCUGCGUAGUCUGGGGCCACGAAGAAGACACUCUAACAGCCAUGACGUACGACACGCGCGACGACCGGAUCCGCGUCGCACCCGUCGGUCUCGCAAAAGCACUCGUCCAGAAAUGUCUGAACCAGCCUUCUCAAACAGAAAAACUGAUGGACCUUUUCGGCGACUAUCAAGGCGAAGGCCCACAGAUCUUCAGCAACGAAGACGGUGCUAUUGUAGACGUCUUCCGCGUCCACGACAUCAUGUCGCGCAAUGGUUUCGGUCCUGGUAGUCAAUUCGGCGAGGAAAGUGCUAGGAACGCUAGCACGGGACUUUGGCGACACGCGGCUUAUAUCAACCAUUCCUGUCUGUCCAACACCACGAAAGAAUUUGCAGGCGAUAUGAUAAUCAUCCGGGCGACUCAACAUAUCAAAGCCGGCGAGGAGAUUUUCCAUCCGUACGACGCGUCGCUUGAUUACGAGACCAGGCAGGGGUUCUUGGAGAGGACAUGGGGUUUCAGGUGUCAGUGUAAGUUGUGUGAUGCGGAGAAAGAGGAUGGCAAGGAGGUGAGGGAUAAGCGGAUGGAGUUGGUGGGGGAGGCGGAUGCGUUUAUUGAUAAGACGCCUUGGGCGGGGGCGAAGAGACUGCAGUUGAGGAAGGCGCAGGGGAUUCUGAGGGAGAUGGAUAAGACGUAUGAUGAGGGGAGGUGGGAGGGGUUGCCUAGGAGGCAUACGGAGGGGAUUAGGGCGUGGUUGGUUAGGGCUAGUCCGCGGUAG